AUGUCGCUUACACUAACAUUUUUACUAAGUCUACUUUCAAAUACAAACUCUUUAUCUAAAACCAUCAAAUUACAAAAUCCAUCAUUGGCUUUCAAAUCAGACACACAAUCAUCAUCGUAUUCACCAUCCUAUCAACAAGAUCAAGAACAGCAACAAUCACUGUCAUACUUAUCCUCAUCACAAGCACCAACUGCCAUACCAAUCACCAAUGAAUCGGCUGCACCUCUGCAAGGAUUUAUGCAAAAAAUACGAAAUUUUAAUUUCAAUGAUGCAAAAAAAUUUAAGGAACGUUUCCAUUUCGAAUAUUACACAAAGGAAAAAUUUAUGGGUGGUCAACUGAAGACAAAAAAUGGACAAAAAUAUGUGUUCAAUGGUCCGCCGUCCGGAGUUUUCGUGUCAAAGACGUGUGCUACAUUCUCAGUUUUAAUUGUAAUACUCAUAAUAAUUUCAUCAAUUUUAAUAACAUAUUUUACUACAAGAAAUACAAUUAAUUGCAUAAAUGUACACACUAACCCUAAUGAUUUACAGGACACAAAUGUUGUCCGUUUGAAUGCAACUCCAGUGGCCACCGCCAGCAUGUUGAGCGUGCCUAUGCCACCGAAAUCGAAAUACAACCCUGAGACACUGCCCGCACCAGUUGGCGAUAUACCAAUUGAACAUGAUCUCUUUAGCGAGGACAAGACUAAAUUAGUGGAUCGUAAAUUGCAUUUAUAUGACGGUUGGUCGCCGUUGCAAUACAAAAUUACAAUUGAACCGAAUCUUGCUACAUCUUCCAAUAAUGGCAGCAUUGCCAUUGAAAUACAGCGCGAUUCUAAGACUUCAACAUUUUUACCAAUUGUGCUUGAUGUGCAUAAUGUUUCCAUAUCGAAUGUACGCGUCAUACGUGCAACGAACACCUCCAAUGGCGAAGAAAUCGAGUUGGAUUUUGAUAGCGAAUAUAGCCAAGAUAAUUCUACGUUUGUAGUGACAUUGUCCAAAUCUGUAGAGAAUGAUAAGGAAUUACAAGUGAUUUUAAGUAUGGAUUUUGUAAGCCAACUUACAGACACAUUACAGGGCGUUUACAAGACAAGUUACACAAAUGUGGAUACAAAUAAUCAAGAAUGGAUGGUUAGCACACAAUUUUCACCAAUUGAUGCAAGACGCGCAUUUCCUUGUUUUGAUCGUCCCGAUAAAAAGGCCAAUUUCACAAUUACUAUCAUUCGGGAGAGUAAAAAGUUAAUGGCUCUAUCUAAUAUGCCAGUUAUAAGAAGCUCACCCCAUCGUCCUGGUUACACCAAAGAUGAAUUUAUGACUUCACCCAAAAUGCCUACAUAUCUGGUCGCAUUUAUUGUCUCCGAUUUAGUUAAGUCACACUACUCCGAUCUGGAUGCUAGUUUGGUGCCACGUGUUGAGAUUUGGACACGGCCAGAAAAUACUGAAAUGACAAAUUAUGCUUAUUCAAUGGUACGAAAAUUCUUACCAUUCUAUGAAGAUUACUUUGGCAUUAAAAUUCGUUUGCCAAAACUCGACUUGGUGUCUGUACCUGAUUUCGGUUUCGGUGCAAUGGAAAAUUGGGGUCUUUUAACUUUUCGGGAUUCUGCUUUACUUGUACCAGAUGAUAUGGCCUCCUCUUCCGAGCACAUGGAACAUGUUGCUCAAAUUGUUGCACACGAGUUGGCACAUCAAUGGUUUGGUAAUUUAGUCACACCGAAAUGGUGGGAUGAUCUCUGGUUGAAAGAAGGUUUCGCUUGUUACAUGAGCUAUAUUGCAUUGAACAACGCACAUCCCGAGUAUAAAAUUAUGGAUAUAUUUACUGUUUUCGAAUUUAAAGAAGCUAUGCAACAUGAUGCCGAUAACAGUUCACAUGCCAUAUCUUUUGAUGUUGAAUCCACGACGGAUAUACGUCGUAUUUUUGAUCCGAUUACAUACUCAAAGGGAACUAUUUUAUUACGUAUGUUGAAUUCAAUAGUAGGCGAUGAAGCAUUUCGUGAUGCUACGCAAGAUUUAUUAAAAACAGCAGCUUAUAAUAAUGCAGACCGUGAAGAGCUUUGGGCGCAUAUGUCACACCAUGCUCAUGCCAAGAAAACAUUACCAGAAAACAUGCAUAUUAAGGAUGUGAUGAAUUCAUGGAUAUCAAAACCAGGUUAUCCCGUUGUGACAGUAGAAAGACGUGAUGCUGAUUUAGUUGUUAAACAAGAACGUUACAUACUUCCAUCAAGAAACGUAUCCGAUAACAGUCGUUGGGUUAUACCAAUUUCGUUUGAAACUGAUGAAUUGCACAAAGGAGAUAAUAUUCCAACACAUUGGAUGCAAGAAAAUGACACUGAAAUUAUUAUUAAUAAUGUCUUCUCCAGUGAUAAUAACACAGAUAAUGUAGUCUAUCUGAACUUAUAUCGCACUGGCUAUUUUCGCGUUAACUAUGAUUUGGCUUCUUGGUUGGCUCUUCGUAAGAAGUUUAGCACGUUGCCGCGUGUAACACGUGCUCAACUAUUAGAUGAUGCAAUGCAUUUGGCACAGGCGGAGUAUUUAACAUACGACAUACCAUUGACAUUCCUUAUAGAAAUUUUCUCAGCCACCGAUGAUGAAUUAUUAUGGAAUGCAGCGCAAAAUGGUUUAAAUUAUUUGAUUGAUAUGCUUCAGCGUGAACCGGCAUAUGAAACCUUUAGAGCUUUCAUGAAGUUCAACGUGCGUCCAGCUUUUGAACGUUACGGUUUGAAUGAACCUGAUAAUGAGUCGCAUUUGCAGCUUCAGCACCGUGCGGUAGUCGCUCGUUUGGCUUGCAAGUUUAACUAUGAUCGUUGCACAAUGGCAGCUCAUCUCAAGUACCGUGAAUGGAUGGCUGAUGCCAAACUAAAUCCUAUCAAACCCAAUUUGAAACCAACAAUUUAUUGCACUGCAUUAGCUGAGGGAUCAUUUCAGGAAUGGUAUUUCGCUUACAAGCAAUAUAAACGUAGCACAAGCGCAUCGGAGAAAGAGCAAAUACUAACAUCACUCGGUUGUACGACAAAACCGUGGUUACUCUCAAAGUAUUUAAAUAUGACAAUCAACCCUACUUCUGGUAUUUUAAAACAAGAUGGUGCGCGUGCCUUUCGUUCUGUUGCCAAAAAUCCUAUUGGCUAUGAAAUUGCAUUUGAUUUCUUACAGACAAACAUUAAAGAAAUUGCAGAUUACUUUGGUGACGGCUUCUCAACGCUAUCCGAGAUGAUAAAAUCCAUUACAACAUAUAUGAAUAAAGAAUACCACAAAGAACAGUUGGAACAAUUUGCUAAACGAGCACGUAAAUUGGGUCUUACGGCAGUGGAAUCCGCUAUAGAGGUGGCUAUGCAACAUGUGAACAACAACAUUUACUGGCGCAAUCGUUCCUAUUACAGCCUCAAAGGAUAUCUCGAGGCAAUUGUUAGUGAAUUCCACAUUAACAUUUUCUAAGCGUUAACUGUGGUAGCAUACUGCUCUAUAGAAUAAGCUCAUUUUAAUUAUAAUACACAUAUUUUUCUAAAUUAAUUUUGAAAUUAGCUGUAAAACAAAUGCAAUG